AUGAGGCCUUUUCUCUUCGGAGGCCUGAUGGCCCUGAGCUCCACCCUAGGCGUGGCGGCCAUGAACUAUAACUCUUCCGCCUACAGUGAUGCGGCUACCGGUAUCGACUUCCAGAGAUGGUGCGAUGAAAAGACUGGCUUCUGUUUCGGUUUGGCUCUUCCUGAAACUGUUGAUUCCGACUUCAUCGGUCAGUUGGUCGUCCCCCUUUCAUCAUCCAACGGAUGGGGUGGUGUCAGUCUUUCAAGCUCGAUGACCAAGGCCCUUUUGAUCGGGGCCUGGCCCAACGGGGAUUCUGUUGUCUCCAGUCUGCGUGAAGCACAGUCCUACACCAACCCUGAUGUCUACAGCGGAGAUGCCAGCCUCGAACAAAUCCCCGAUGGGACUUCCAUCAACAGCACGCACCUUACUUAUACCUUCCUUUGCCGUGGUUGCGUCGUCGGAACGCCUACUACCUUCGGCAAAGAUAUGGACAGCUACUUCUUCGGCUGGGCACUCAGUAAGACCAGCCCUAAGUCCCCUGAGUCUUCUGAUGCCACUCUGAACUACCACGCUGCCGGAUUUGGUAGCUUCCAGAUGGUCCUCGCCAACGCCAAGUCUGCCAAGUACUCUACCUGGGCCUCCAAGGCUAAGGCGUCGUCAACCGCCACUCCCUCCGCCUCCGCCUCUGCCAGCGCUAGCAGCACUCCCUCCGCUAGCGUUGCCCCCACCAUCAUGAACUCAACUUAUGACUACAUUGUCGUUGGGGGUGGUCCCGCUGGUAUCAUCACUGCCGAGCGUUUGGCAGAAACUAAAAAGAAGGUGUUGCUCCUUGAGCGUGGUGUCGCUCCUACAGUCCAGCUGGGUAACAAGAACGCUCUCUCAUGGAAUAACUCCCUCACACCGCAUGAUGUUCCUGCCCUGGGCAGCUCUCUUUCCAAGCUUGGACUCCUUGACGGCUACCUUUGCGAUGACACUGCUGGUAUGGCUGGUUGCGUUCUCGGUGGGGGUACUAUUGUCAACGCUCUUGCCUUCAUCUACCCCCAGGAGGCCGACUUCAACGACAAGUGGCCUACCGGCUGGAAAUGGGAUGAUGUCAAGGAAGCCGCUUCCCGCUUGUAUGAUCGCAACCCUGGUAGUAUCAUCCCGUCCGCCGAUGGCAAGCGUUAUGACUACGGCAUGUACGAUGUCCUCGGAGGUUUCUUCAAGAGCCUCGGCUGGAAGUCUGUCAACCAGCAUGAGCAGCCCAAUGAGAAGCAUCAGGCUUAUGGCUACCCAUCUUGGUCUGUUGCCAACGGUAUCCGUGCUGGGCCUGUCCGUUCCUACCUUCCCCUGGCCCAGGAGCUCGACAACUUCAGCCUCCGCCUCCAGACCAAGGUCCGCCGUCUGGUACGUCGCGGUGGACGCAUCACCGGUGUCGAGGUUGAGACCGAGUCUGGUGCCGUCGAGAUCAUCAACAUCCGCGCUGGUGGCAAGGUUAUCCUGUCUGCUGGUGCCAUGUCUACACCUCGCAUUUUGUUCAACUCAGGUAUCGGACCUGCCAAGCAGAUUGAGAACGUGAAGAGCGGAUCUACUGGCAUCGUUCUCCCUCCCCAGGCGGAGUGGAUCAAUCUGCCCGUUGGAGAGAAUCUUAAGGACCACCCCAUGUUCACCAUCAGCGUCCACACCAAGAGCAACUUCACCGCCGUCAACACGUCCAGCAUUGUAUCUGGCCCGUCUGAAGACCUACAGAAGCUCUACUCUACAGCCUCUGGUGUUUUAGCCGAGGGUGGCCACCGCCUGCAGUUCUGGACCUCCAACGAAGGCAGUGAUGGCAACACUCGCUUCUUCCAGGGAUCCUGCAGCGUCGCCAGCGAUGGUGUCAUCACCAUGAAGCUGUACAUGACCCACGGUGCAACCUCUUCCGGUGUUCUUGGAAUUGCAGGCUCUGGAGCCACGGUUAUGGAGACCGACCCCUGGUUGCAGACAGAUGCCGACAAGGACGCCGUGACCCGGUUCCUCCAGGGCCUACUGGACGACAUGAAGAACUCGACUGCCGGAUUCACUGUUCCUGACAUCAGCACUGCUUCCGACAUCAUCACCAAGAAGACUAGCGGUGACCACUUCGUCGGAACUACUAAGAUGGGCACGGACGAUGGCCGCACUGGUGGUUCUUCUGUUGUCGACACCAAUGCCAAGGUUUACGGUACCGAGAACUUGUACGUUGUCGAUGCCAGUAUCCACCCUGAUCUGCCCACCGGUAACACCCAGGCCAUUGUCAUGAUUGCCGCCGAGGCCGCUGCAGCCAAGAUCAUCGCCGGUGGUGACUCCGUUCCUGCUUCCAGUGCGUCGGUGUCCGCUCCCGUCCAGAAGACCGCUUACUCCAGCGGUGCCGUCACUGAGGUGUCUGCUACUGCUACUGCCUCUUCUGCCGCCGCCGAGUCUACUACCUGUGACGAAACCUACACCAGCACCGUCACUCCCGCUGAGACUGACUCAGCCACCUCUUCUGCCACCACCACCAGAGCUGUCAUCAGCUCCAACUCUGCGGCGGCCGCUGGCACUACCUCCGCUGCUGACGCCGCCUCGGUCACUGUGGUGACGGUUACCAAGCAGGUUGUGGUCACCAGUACCACUACCAUCACUGUCCUGCCCACUUUCGCUUAG